GGGUGGGAUCGCUCUGAGGACGUGGCGGCCCGACCGCCAUUGCGGUCGCCAUGAGGAGCGGCGGCAGAGCUGUCCGCGGAGAAUGGCCGGCAGAGGCUCCGGCUGCGGCCUGCAGCCGCCGGCCGUAGCGCAGCCACCCAUUAGCGGGCACCUAUACCCCUUCGUGAGAGAGACGGGCGCAGAGAGCGAAGGGCCGGAGGAAGAGGGAGAGGUGUCGGAGCUGCGGCCACGGGGCAGGGAGAAGGUGCGGAGGAGUGCAUCGAGGGACAGACUGGACGAUAUCGUCCUGCUAACUAAGGAUAUCCAGGAGGGAGACACUCUGAACGCCAUCGCACUUCAGUAUUGCUGCUCGGUUGCAGAUAUCAAACGAGUUAACAAUCUUAUCAAUGAUCAAGACUUUUUUGCUCUGAGGUCCAUCAAAAUCCCUGUGAAGAAGUUCAGUGUAUUGACUGAAACGCAUGUCUCUCCAAAAGGAAGACCUGUCCUUCGGCCUGCUUACUGCUCCCCAGAAGUGCAAGAGGUGUCACUUGCUGAGAAGUUCUCUGCUAAUGAGACAGCUGGAAGCUUCUUAAAAGAAGUUGAUCGAGAUAUAGAAGAAAUAGUGAAGUGCAAUGAUACCAAGAGAGAAAAUCUUAAUGAGGUUGUUUCUGCCUUAGCAGCCCAACAGGUCUGUUUUGAAACGGAUGGUAAAACUAAGAAAUGCAAGGAUCCUUACUAUGGAGCAGACUGGGGCAUUGGAUGGUGGACAGCUGUGGUGAUUAUGUUGAUUAUUGGCAUAGUAACUCCCGUAUUUUACCUCCUGUAUUAUGAAGUUCUGGUGAAAGCAGAUGUCAGUCACCACUCAACAAUGGAAUCUUCCCACUUUUUUGUCACAGCAGCAUCACAUCAGAAAGAAAUUGAAAAUGGAAUAAAUCCGGCCAAUGUUAUAAAUACUGAUCAUCAAAGAGACCUUCAGCCUUAACAAAAAAAACCAAGCAACUGUAAUCCAUGGACAUGUUAUAUAAAGAGGAAACCACAGAAUGCAGGAGGCAUCUGGUACACAGAAAAAUGUGUCCUGAUGUGUGACUUGCCUUCACAGGCAGUGUUCCAGUAUCAGGAUGUUACUGUUGAUCCUGUAGCCUCUGGGGCAAUUUUAAUGCAAGAUUGAGAUACAAAUUAAGAUCUACAAAUGUUUAUGAAGUUUUGCACUUUUUUUCCUAUUUUGAUAGGCAUAUAUUUUUUUUUUAAUCGAGGUAAAAAAUGUAGUCUGUACUAACACGUGUCUGUUUUACAGCCCUUAGAUGGGCAUUUGGGGAUAUACGACCUUUAAACAUCUUGAAGUAUUUAUAGAAUGUGUAGUACACUUGCCAUUUUAAUAUCAGUUUACACUUCACAAUUAAAACUUUGUUCUUGUAAUUUUUAUCUUUCUAAUAGAAUAAUAUUUAAAAGAAAAAAACAACAAUGCAGUCAUUCCACAAUCAAUAGCCACUAUGAUGUUCUUUUAAAAAUAUUUUUAUGGAUGGAGGCAAUAGAUUAUAAGCUGGAAUCUUCAAAUCUUGUGCCUAUCGUCAGCCCAUUCUUUUGUAGUCUUCAAUACAGGCAGUGGGACAAUCUUCUUCUGUGUGACACUGUGCCUCAAUACAGCCCAGCUGAGAGCUUUGCUGAAAUGUCACAUCAUUCCCUGUUACCCUACUGAAAACUGACUGAAUUGGGCUGCACUCCUCAUCUGGUGGACAGAAGUGCAGUUGUGUGGCACCUUGCUAUGACUGCUUCAGUAAACCUUUAUGCUAAUGGCUUCUUUCCCCUCCCUUGCCUUCUAAUUAAUCUCAGUUCAGGACCAACUGGUUAUUCAGACAGUAGUUGUGUGGGUACUGAGUGUACUAAUUGUUGGGUGCCUGUGAACCUCACUUUUUUCCCAAAUCUCCUAGAAAAAACUACAAAGGAGAUUUAAAGGCUUUUAGCAAGAAACUCAAAUUGCAGCAGGCUAGACCAUUUUCAGCUUCAAAGUUGUUCUUUGGGUAGUAUUCAUCCACCAGUCAUUUCUUGAAUGGCUUACUUGGGAUUGCAUGAACAACCUUGGUUUCUCUCCUUUUCUCCCCUACUUGAAAAUGCUACAAGAUGAACAAAAAAUUUAAAAAAAAUUGGACUCUAGCUAAACAAAGAAACAUAGUUGUGUACUCAGAACACUUUUAAAUAAAAAUUGAGAUGCUGCCUAUAAUUUUUGUUAUAUUUGCCUUGUGGAGUAAGAUUUCCAUUGCCCUUUUCAAAUUGCCAUUUGUUACCAAAGUGCAAGAUAACUGACUUGAAUAGGACAUACAAAGAGGAAAUGGAGCAGUAAUUGUUACCCUUUAAAUUGCUCUUAAAAGCUUUCCUUUGAGUGUUUCAAAUAAGUAUAUACAACAUAAAAAGUCUGACGGAAUGAAUGUUUCCCAACUAUUGGAGGUAUUUGAAAAUGGUUUAUUGACUUAACUUUUGAAAGUAGAGACUCAUGCCCUAUAUGUUCUUGGGACAUCUCUUGCCCCACUAAGGGGAACAAAUACUCUUCACUGACAUGCCAAGUGUAUGAACAUGAACAGGGAAAUUUUACCUGUAUUUUAUUGAAAUUGGAGCUGGGCAGAGCUUGAAGGGAAAUGCUUUAUAGCUGGAUCUCUGAACUGUGAUCUGUGGCUUUUGAACCCUGGGAUCAAAGUGGUAUCUGUGGAGAUAGACUACUCAUAGUUCCUACCCUGGAAGAGGGAUCGCAAACAAGCUCAAACUUCACAUAAUGGUUGUUUUUGAAGAUCUUCUGAAAUAACAGUUCCAUCCGUGAAAAGAGUAGCAGAAGUAUCAAUAUUGAAGUUCCAGUUCUGGUUAAGGCUGUAUAAAAAUUGCAUUGCAAAGUAAUUUCUGGUGGCUUGAAAUGCUGACUUGCUGUAGUCCAGACAGCAGGGCUUUGGCACAGUAAGACAAAUGUCUAGGACUGAAAUGAGCUUAUUUGCUGGUUCACUACUUCCUUUCAUUCUGUUUCUGAAGCCUCAGUAUUUUUUAUAGCAUUUUUUAAUACUUUAUCCUUACAUUUCUCACAAAAUUGUCAGAGAACGUGAAAUUAGGCGUUGUGAUAAUGCAAUAUGAGCCUAACUUACUGCACAUACUGAACUGCUGAUGGGUACUAAACUGCCAUUGGUAUAGAAGUGAACCUUACUUCACUUGUGGUUUGACUGGAUCAGGAAGGUCCGCAUCCUGUUGAUGUACAGGUAAAGAGACUGGUUGUUAACUGGUGCUUUUCAUCCCAAGGUAGUACAGCUAAGUAAGGCCCAAAGCUGGGUACACACUAGGAAAUUUAGUGUUGGCUUGCUGUCAGGACCUGUAAUGACCCUUUGUUUGUUUAAGGAUGAGCAAUUAGAAAACACAAAGGGAUAGCUGUUUUACUGGACCAUGUCCUACUCUAAACAAGAGCCUAGCAUGGCUUUAAAAUAUUAUAGUAUAUUCUUAAUUUAGAGAGCUAGCUUUAUGAAGAUUGCUGUUUCUCAGUAGUGGUAAUCUACAGUCCAGUUUUCUGCCGGAUUCAAGGAUCUUCACUGUUCUACAGUGCAACCCAAUUGACAGUGCAUCAUCAUAUGUCAGCCAUGAUUAAACGGGAUUACUGCUGUGUGUGGAACUUGCAUCUGAUUUAAGUCAAUAGUCUGUGAAGUUGAAAGUCUUUUAGAAACUGACUUGUUUUAAGAAAAAGCAACAGAGAACACAAAAAAAAGAGUGGUAAAUAAUUUUUAAAUUAAUUGCAACAUAUUGUUGAUUGGGAAGUUGGUUUUAAAUUUAAGUGCAUAUUGCACUGCUGGAUCAUGUAAAAUGUAAAUGCUUUAAAUCUGCUAUAUUUUGGAGUAUGUUGUCACAAGUAGUCUUUUUAUAAAACUAUUUUAUAAAGGCUGAAAAUACAACUUUGUAAAAUGUUGCUGAAUGAGGACACAAGUCUUAUUUAAAAUAAUUCUGCUCCUCUUCUUUUAGAAGAACAUACCAAAAAUAAAGAUUUUAUUUUAGACUGCAGUGGAAAUGGUGCACAUAAUAUAUUCUUAGAUCUAUAUACUUCACAUUUUUUAUUACAGGAAACCACGACUUAUAUCUGUUUUGACUAGUUUGAGCAUGUGAUCUAAAAUAAAAAUUCUUGGCCAACACUUACUGGCAGCAUCUGCCACUAGCAUUUGCGUGGGGCAUACUGUGACUGUAA